CUCAUUCAGAUUUGGGGUAGCGGUGGCGCAGGCGCAGUGCGAGCCAUUGGACGACGGUUGGUGUUUGAGUGGUCCUUGGGCUUGUUGCCAUGGAGCCGCUGAUGAGCGAGUUGUUUGGGGGUGUCUCAAGCCCCGGAACGGGGGCGGGGAGCGCUGGGAUCUCGGGCCGUGGCUCCAGCUCCGGCCGUUCCUCGGCUCCAGCCCGGGGUGCAUCCGGACGCGGCCCCGGACCUGGCCCUGCGCGACUUACCUGCGGACGUGGGAUCCCCUCCGCUCCGGCCCCGGGCUCCGGCGCCACCCCCGUGUCCGGACCGCCUCAAAAGAACAAGGGUAGUGCGGCGCCCAAACCCGGGCACAAGAAGCCGAAGAGUCGACCGCGGGGCCGCAAUAACCCUCCCUUCCUCCCGCCAGAGGCAGAAGAAGGAAACAUUGAGUACAAGCUGAAGUUAGUCAACCCCUCACAGUACCGCUUCGAGCACUUGGUCACACAGAUGAAGUGGCGCCUUCAGGAGGGCCGUGGUGAGGCCGUUUAUCAGAUCGGGGUGGAAGACAAUGGUCUGUUGGUGGGGCUCUCCGAAGAUGAGCUAAAGGCUUCGCUCAAGACGCUGCGCAAGAUGGCAGAGAAGGUUGGAGCUGACAUCACGAUCCUGCGGGAAUGCAACGUGGCAUACGACUUGGACUCGCCCAGGCGGAUAGCCGAAGUGUUGAUUCGGAAAGUUCCUGAUGAUCAGCAGUUCCUCGACCUGCGAGUGGCAGUUCUCGGGAACGCGGACUCUGGGAAGUCAACUCUGUUGGGAGUCCUAACACAGGGCGAGUUGGACAAUGGGCGUGGUAGAGCACGACUCAACCUCUUCAGGCACCUACAUGAAAUCCAGUCAGGGCGAACUUCCAGCAUAAGCUUUGAAAUCCUGGGAUUCAACAGCAAAGGAGAGGUGGUAAAUUACAGUGGUUCACGGACAGCAGAGGUAAUCUGUGAAAGUGCCUCCAAGAUGAUCACCUUCAUUGAUCUGGCAGGGCACCACAAGUACCUAAAGACUACCAUCUUUGGCCUGACCAGUUAUUGCCCGGACUUUGCCAUGCUUGUCGUCAGUGCCAACACUGGCAUAGCUGGAACCACCCGGGAACACCUAGGCUUGGCCAUGGCCCUCAAGGUGCCCUUCUUCAUUGUGAUCAGUAAAGUGGACCUAUGCACGAAGAGCACCAUCGACCGCACCGUCAGGCAGCUGGAGGUGGUCCUGAAGCAGCCAGGAUGUAACAAGGUGCCGCUGCUGGUGUCGAACAGCGAUGAUGCGGUAACAGCUGCCCAGCAGUUUGCUCAGUCACCCAGCAUCACUCCAAUCUUCACACUGUCCAGUGUGAACGGGGUAAACUUGGACCUGCUCAAGGUUUUCCUCAAUGUGCUGCCUCCACUGACCAACAGUAAGGAGCAGGAGGAGCUCAUGCAGCAGCUGACUGAGUUUCAGGUAGAUGAAAUCUAUUCUGUCCCUGACGUGGGCACAGUUGUUGGUGGCACCCUGUACAGCGGCAUCUGCAGAGAGGGUGAGCAGUUGGUGGUUGGCCCCACAGACAACGGGCAGUUCCUGCCACUGAAAGUGUGCAGCAUCCAGCGAAACCGGUCAGCCUGCCGUGUGCUGAGGGCAGGGCAGGCAGCCACCCUGGCUCUGGGCAACUUUGACCGGGCUCUGCUGCGGAAGGGCAUGGUAAUGGUGAGCCUGGAGAUGCAGCCAACUGUCAGCUCCUUCUUCGAAUCUGAGAUUGUUUUGCUGUUCCAUGCAAAGACCGUCCGCAAGGGCUUCCAGGUGACAGUGCACGUGGGUAAUGUACGGCAGACUGCCAUCGUAGAGCUGAUCCAUGGCAAGGAGGAGCUGAGGACAGGGGAGAAGGCAGUUGUGCAGUUCCGCUUUAUCAAACACCCAGAAUACCUGAAGGUGGGCACCAAGCUGUUGUUCCGUGAAGGAGUGACAAAGGGCAUUGGCCAUGUUACCAAGAUCAUACCAGAGCAAAAGUGCUGAACAUCUCCAGAUUCUGGGAUCAUCGCACCCAGCUGCUCUCCAGCCUCAGGCACCGGGAUCAUAGUGCCCAGCCCAAGCUCACCAGGGUGGGGGUAGGCACCAGCAUCUUCAGCCCCCAUUAAAUGUCCAAGCCUGAACACCACUUGUGCUUACAGGAUGAGUUCAUUUUCUAUUCUGCUCCUGCCUUCUGGUUCACAGUGCUUUUAAAUCUAAGCCCAGGUAAUCAGGUUCUUUGCUAGUUUGUGAAGUUUAUUGAGCUGCUGAGCUGGGCAGGACAGGACAUGGUGAAGCCAUGUGGAGUAUCUGCUGCAUUGAUGGUGCCAAGUUAAAGCUUAUUUUGGUGGGGCCCGGAGGAAGCUUUGUUGUGUCUAAACCGUGCCCUGAGUCUCAAUAGUCAUACAGAACAGAAACCAGCAUUUCAGUGCUGAACAAAAUCUAAGCUAGUUCCAUUUGCCAUGUUUGGCUCAUUGUGACAAUGCAGUAUGGAGGGAGCUUUAUUGUGUCUCUAACCUGAUUUUUUUUUAUUUCAAAAUAUCUAAAAUGUAUAAUGUUCACGUCAACAUUUAUAAAUGUUCAUAUUACCAAAACAGUACUGAUUCAUCAGUAUCAUUCAUUGUAUUCUCCCUGCUUCAGGAGUAUGUGGCAGAAAGGGCAGGCUGCAAAGCAAAUGAGAACUACUUACUUACAUACAUAUAUGUACUUGAUUAUGUGAUAUAGGCCAGGUUAUGUAUAUUGUUUCUGUAUAUAAAGAUGUACAGAGAUAUUUGCUUUAAAUAAAUAAUUUUAAGUGAUGGUU